AUGGUCCACCUAAGCACCAUCAGAAAUGAUGCGGAGACAGACACUCCCAUGGCAAAGCUCAUGCGGAUGUCCCUCGCCGACGAAGAUACCCCCGGCGAUACAUUCUGCUCUUCUGUCUACGGUAGUAGAUAUGCGCUGGAGGCACUUCCCACGAUCGAAAUGCCGGAGGAGGAGAUGCCAAAAGACAUUGCCUAUCGUCUCAUCAAGGAUGACCUUUCAUUAGAUGGGAAUCCGAUGUUAAACUUGGCAAGCUUUGUGACGACUUACAUGGAAGACGAGGCCGAGAAACUCAUGCAUGACGGCCUCAGCAAGAAUUUCAUCGACUACGAAGAGUACCCCCAAAGUGCAGAAAUACAAAAUCGCUGCGUCAAUAUGAUCGGAAAGCUAUUCCAUGCCCCCACACACGAAGAGGAAGAACAUUCUAUCGGAACAAGCACCGUCGGUAGCUCAGAGGCCAUAAUGCUUGCGACCUUAGCCAUGAAAAAGAAAUGGGCGAACGAAAGGAAAGCUGCCGGAAAGCCCUUUGAUAAGCCAAAUCUUGUCAUGAAUGCCGCGGUUCAGGCCGCUCGUUACUUCGAUGUUGAGGAACGAUUUGUCUACUGCACUCAAGACAGAUACGUCAUCGACCCCGUCCAAGCCGUCGACCUCGUCGACGAGAACACCAUCGGCAUCUGCGCAAUCCUGGGCACUACUUACACGGGCGAAUACGAAGAUGUUAAAGCCAUCAAUGACCUUCUCGUCGGGAAAGGACUCGAGACACCGAUUCAUGUUGAUGCUGCCAGCGGUGGAUUCGUUGCGCCUUUUGUCAAACCCGACCUAGAGUGGGACUUCCGCCUCCCUCGUGUCGUCAGCAUCAACGUUUCUGGCCACAAAUAUGGUCUCGUUUAUCCCGGUGUCGGUUGGAUAGUCUGGCGUUCUCCAGAGUACCUUCCCAAGGAACUCGUCUUCAACAUUAACUAUCUAGGAGCCGACCAAGCAUCAUUCACGCUUAAUUUCUCCAAGGGAGCAAGUCAAGUCAUUGGGCAAUACUACCAGAUGAUCAGGCUGGGCAAGAGGGGUUAUAGAAAUAUUAUGACAAACCUGACAAGAAUCGCCGACUACUUCUCUACCGUUCUAUCCAAGCGAUUGGGAUUCAUUAUUAUGUCUAAGGGCGGCGGCGAAGGUCUACCGCUCGUUGCUUUCCGUCUAGACGCUUCCAAGAAGAAACAUUACGACGAGUUCGCAAUCGCCCAUCAUCUCCGUGAGCGCGGCUGGAUCAUCCCCGCUUAUACCAUGGCACCGCAUAGUGAACAAUUAAAACUAAUGCGUGUCGUCAUCCGGGAGGACUUCACCAAGCCAAGAUGCGACCAACUUCUACUCGAUAUUAAACAUGCGAUCGACGCCCUCGACUCCAUGGCACCCAAAGAAAUCGAGAAACACGCGGAACUAGUCAAGAGAACCGUAACACAUACAGGACGUAAGAAGAGCCACAGCAGGCAUUAUAAGGGCGAGAAGCAUUCUUUGGCAAAACACGGAAAGUCUCAAGCCAUCUGCUAA